AUGCCAUUCCGACGGGAGGUCCACAGUGGAUGCGCCAUCGGCACGUCCAUUUCUUGUACAGCACAGGCGUUUAAAGCUAAAGAGAAAAGUUUUACGAUACAAAUGGCGACUGCCAAAGAUAUCGCUGUUAUCGUAAACGUCCCCAUAGCUAAAAGUGGAAAGGUUUCAAUACGCGCACGAAUUGAUGGAAGAUAUACAAAUGACAACGAGGCAUCAAUUUUCGUUCCACUGGAUAUGAAAUUCUCAAUGAAACUUCAUAUUACACCAAAUGUGACCGAGCUGUACUACAACGACACUCAUCUGUUAGAUUACGUUCAUCGAGUUAGCCCAGCGGAGAUCAGAGAAGUCUUCAUUGAAGGCCCUUUGAUUGUCGAAGAGGUCGUCUUCACUCCUCCGCAAGGUUCUCUUCUGGAUCCCAUCCCCUCUUAUGAUGAGGCAACAAGUUCCAGUGCUUAUAUUCCCGUGGCCGAUAUGCAACGAUUGAGCUUAGGGAAACCAGGUGCUUCGUCGUCGUUGACAACCAAACCCACACCAGCCCCAGUGCCAUCGCCUUUCACCGUCCUCACUCCUACUCCUGGCCCUCCUCAAAUAGGAUUGUCAUCGUCUAUCGUGAACAACCCAAUGCCUGGCGUCCCUCUGCCAUCACAACCCGCUGGCGUUUUAGACAGAACCCCGGAACUGUCACAGAAUCGAUCACCAUCCAAUUCCAUAUCCUGGAAUCCUUUCGAGCAGAGCAGUUCUACGAAUAAACCACCAAUAUACGAGAAUAACCCCAGCUACACUCCGACAGCACUCCAACAGGCUCAAAGCACGUCGUCUUCGUCAACUCCAACACCGUAUCGUGUUGCACUGCCUCCUGAAACCCCCUACUCAACCCAGUCCUCGAUACAACCCCUACAACCGCAAUCAUUCACGACCCAACCUUUACAACCGUAUCAGGUCCAACCGUACCCAACUGGCACACAGGCCACGAUUACACCUUAUCCAUCCAGCUCUCAGGUACAGAUACUUCCCCAGCAGACCUAUAACCCAACCCCUACAGCACAAGUGAUGCCAAUGCCACAACCAUACACCGCUCAAUAUCCUUAUCCUGCUCAGAGUCCCUAUGUGAGCCCAAAUCCGUACCCACAGGCUGUACCCGGAGUGCAGCCUCCAUAUAAUGCCUACCAGCAAGCUGCUCCUUACCAGUAUCCAGUACAGCAAGGACCCUAUGCUUCAGACCCCAUAUAUGCUGUCAAAGCCCACUCUGAUGUUCGUCCUGCCCGGCACCAUAAGGGCACCACUGUCAAUCAGGUUCUCCGCCAACUCUUCAUAGUGGCUGGAGUGGGUGGAGUUAGCGGCAUUGUAUAG